UUUAUUUUCGUUCUUUAAAAAUAAAUUUGAAAAAUUUGGACCUGGGUCCAGGCGCGGUCGCACUGCUCGCCCUCAGCCGGCCCUGAUCAUCACAUGCAGACACCAUUAAUAUACCAGCAACCUCAAACAAGAACUUUCUUUGUAUCUUUUUCUGUCUUUUCAAUAGAACAAGGAGUUGCUAAGAACAGUUUCUUUCUACUAGCGUUUAAAAGAACUGAAAGAAGCAACGAUCCAAGCAACUACAUUCACCGGAAACCUCAACGCUCCGGUUGAUGAAACUCUGUUCGAUAUAGAGAAAGAGGUUGAUGAUUUGUUACCAGUGGAAGUCAAAGAUCAGCGUGUAAGGAAUUUUCUCCGGUCAGUGGUGGAGCUAGAAAUAUUUUUUACCGGGAUCAUAAUAUAUAUAUAUAUAUAUAUAUAUAUAUCUAUAUUAUUAAAAAUUAAUAAUAUAUGAUACGAUAACAAAAAUAUUUUUUUCUAAUAAGACAUGAGAUUAUAAACAUAAAUUAGUGGGGUCAAAUGUUAAAAUUUCUCAAAAUAUUAAAGUAAUUUUAGAAAAAUGUACACUAAAUUUUCUUUUUCCCAAUAGUGGGAGAUCAUAUGACCACAUAAACUCUUCUUCGCCUCCGCCCCUGCCUCCAGUCCACAAUGGUAGGAGGAUGUGUUGCUGCUAUGCCUAUCCUUAAAAUGAUUCUGACCUCUGUCCUUUGGGGUUACUUCGCCUUCAUGGCUAUUGAGAGCUUACCCGGAAACCAGUUCUGGGAGAGAAUCUUAUUUCUCUUCACAGCCCCAAGUCGCCGCUUCAAGUAACUAUAGCUCAUACUCCUGAUUUUUAAUACUUGAAGAAGUAUUAGAAUUUUUUUUUUCAAAUUAGAUGAAGUUUUCAAAUUUUAAAUUAAAAUUUAUUAAAUUUUUAUACUAUAUAAUUAUUUAUAUUCUGUAGGCUAUUUUUUAUUGGUAGAAUUUUUGAUUUAUUUUGUAUAGAAAGCAUAGAAAAUUAAAUGUUUUUAAAAAUUUGUGUGUUUUAAUUUAAAAUCUUAUUUAUUAAAAAAACGGAGGGCGUAUAUUUUAGUCACAUUCAACUUCAAGAAGCCUCUUUUCAUGACUCAGUUAUGUUUGCAGGGUUCCUGAAGACUACCACGCAAAAUUCGUUGAAGCCCUUCCAUUCAGGACGAUUGCAAUGUUCACUCCAAAUGGUUUAUCUGUUAAUCUGCUUUGGUCUCACAUGGAUCCCAAUAGCAGGAGUCAUGUUCCCUUUAAUGAUCAUGUUCUUGAUUCCUGUAAGACAAUACAUCCUCCCUAGAUUCUUCAAAAGAGCUCAUCUUCAGGACUUGGACGCAGCUGAAUGUGAAGAAGCUCCAGCUUUACCCUUCAAUCUCGCAGCGCUGGAAAUGGAGAUUGGAUCGAGAACUUCAUAUCCAGGAGACUCAGAGAUUCUUAAUGAGGUUAUUAUACGAAGCAGAGGAGAGUUUAGACACACAAGUAGUCCUAAGGUCACAAGUUCAAGUUCGCCUGUUAAUAACAGGAGUUUAUCUCAAGUGUUUAGUCCACAAAUUGGUGAACUCAGGUCUGGUCAAAUGAGUCCACGUGUCGUUGAGUAUAGUCCAAACCCGGCUAGUUGUGAGAGGAGUCCCUUGAACCAGUCCUCGUCGAAGUGAGAGUAUAUAUUCAAGAAUCUCAAUAAAACAAAACCCCAAUUAAGAUGAAUAUUUAGUUAGUUAAUUUAAUUAGAUCAUUAGUUCUUACAAGAAACAAAAGCUUCUUGAAAAUCUAUCUUUAAUUUUUUUAUGUGUUUGUAAUCCCUGUCCGUGGUGUUUUAUCUUUAGAGUCUUUGUAAAAUGGGAAAUUAAGCUCAAUAACCUAAAAAAAACUAGAACCUAAAUAACCAAAACCCCACCAUAUUCCUUCUUUUCCCUUCAUAUCUCUCUACUAUCUUACUACUCUUUUUCCUUUGGUUAUUUCACAAAUAAACCUUUGUAAAUUCUUACUUUUUUCGUAAUAUAGGU